AGGAAGAGGAACUUGUUAAUUGUAGUGAGUGACGGCUCGGCUGCGUCACGUGAUAGUCAGCCGCACUCCGGGAGGCCGAUUUGGCGCACGCGCUCUUGGGGCCCCGUGAGUGGUCGCCGCCGUGCUUGAGACCCGGGCGUGUGCGGCGCGGGAUCGCGCAGUGUCUGGGGAGCGCGCGGGUGUCACGGGUUUGUGUCCUAGAGCGUCAGAGGUUUCUCUGACAAGAACCAAGGAAGUGGAGUUUAGUUUCUGCUGCUCUUAUUUAGGGUUACCAUAGUCCUGGUUUCCCCAGACAAAGCCUCUUUUUUGAGCCUGCUUUCCCUGACCCAGUGGAGUUUUCAGAUAACAGCGAAUGUCCUGGAUUUUGCAGAGCAGAGAAGCUGCAGUUCAGAAAGAACUACAAUUGAUCAGCUUCCCAAUUGGUCUAUCCCCUGUAUCCACUGCUGAUUGGGCCAUUCCCCUGCAUCUCCAGCUGAUUGGUCCUUUCCCCUGCAAGUCACAGCUGCUGAAUCCUGCCCACCCAUGCCCCCUUGCCCUGCUCAGCCCUGGGGAAGGGAUCCCAGGAGGAGGUGCUGACUGAUGACUGUCGCUGUGUCCUGGGCUUGUGCCAGCUGUCCUGCCACUGUGAAAGGGAGUGACAUUGCCUCCCCAUCUCCUGUGAGUACCCCUGCUGCAGGUACUCCCCCUUCGGCUUCCUUUCCUUCUCAUUGCCUCCACCUUCUGCAGUGUCUGCUUGUUGGGAACUUGAAAUAUGGUAACCCUACUCUUCUUCCCAUUCCUGGUGAAGUUUCCUGAAAGUGGUGUGGAUCAUGUUAACUUGCUUUUUACGCUGCUGAAAUGAUGUAACGGAAAUGAUAGCCAAGCCCAACACAGCCAGUAACCUCCCCAGCCAAAAAUGCUUCAUCAGAUAUCAGUGGUCGAUUAAGAAGAUGCCAUUUAUAGUGCCAUUUUAGACUCUCCAGCACUCCUUGGUCCAUAGGCUGCACAAGAGAUGUUAUGUUUGGAAGGAGAAAAAAACAGAAGAUUGGGUCAUCUUGGGAGAGAAAAUGCUAUCCAUGAUGAGACUGUGCCUGAGUCCACUGUACAGAGUGGCAGCUGUCUGAGGAAUGGCAACUUGCAAACCCCAAGAGGGAAAAGGAAGGUCCAAGAACAGUGUGCACGCAUACGAAGAAAUUCUUCCAGGAGCAGGAGAAGGCCAAGCCAGCCGCAGAAUGGAGAAGUGGUUGAAGCAGUUACAUUGUUUGAAGUGGUCAGCAUGGGCAAGAGGGCAAUGCAGUCUGUGGUGGAUGACUGGGUUGAAGCUUAUAUCCAAGAUCGAGAUGUGGCACUUCUAGAUCUGAUCAACUUCUACAUUCAGUGCUCAGGCUGUCAAGGAAUGGUGACGGCUGAGAUGUUCCAAAGUUUGUGCAACAGUGAUAUAAUGCAAAAAAUGACGGAGACAUUUGAUGAGGAAACAGGAUUGCAAUACAAGAAAUUUAUGGCCUAUCCCUGGAUUCUGACUGUUACUUGGCCAGUGGACAUGGACAAUGGAGACUAUCCACUCAUCAGACCGGGACCCUACUGGAAGAAGUUCAAGGCCAAUUUCUGCGAGUUCACUGCGGUGCUAAUCCAGCAGUGCCAGUACAGCAUCCUUUAUGACAGUUACUUGAUGGACACUAUCAUCUCACUGCUUACAGGGCUAGCAGACUCCAGGGUCAGAGCAUUCAGGCACACCAGCACUUUAGCAGCGGUGAAGCUUCUGACAGCACUUGUAAGAGUAAAUCUAAAUCUUGAUGUCAGCAAACGUAACGCUGAAAGGCUGUAUCAAGUGGAGAAGAACAGGAUUUCUGUCAAGAGGACCAAUCAGAGACUGGAUCAGUUAGAGAGAAAAAGGAAAGAGUAUGAACAGAAACCGCUGGAAAUAGAGAAUAUGAUGAAUGCUAUUUUCAAAGGGACAUUCUUACAGAGAUAUCGUGAUGUGAUUCCUGAGAUCAGGGCUAUCUGCAUUGAAGAAAUUGGCAGCUGGAUGAAAAUGUACCCUGAUACAUUCUUAAAUGAUAGUUACUUGAAAUAUAUUGGAUGGAUGCUUUAUGAUAAGCAACCUGAAGUGCGGUUGAAGUGUCUUCUGGGACUGCAAGGAAUUUAUGACAGAAAAGAGCUAGUAUCCAGAAUGGAUCUCUUUACUAGCAGAUUCAAGGAUCGAAUUGUGUCCAUGACUCUGGACAAGGACCAUGAAGUAGCAGUUCAAGCCAUGAAACUCUUGAUGCUUAUGUCACAGAACUGUGAGGACGCGUUAUCAUCUGAAGACUGUGAAACCUUAUUCCAGUUUGUUUAUACCACACACAGACCUCUAGCAGUAGCAGCUGGGGAAUUCCUUUAUAAAAGGCUGCUUAGUUAUCAGGGAACUGAAGAGGAAGUCCCACCCAAAAGAAGAGGGAAGUUUGGGGCUAAUACCUGCUACAUAAGAAAAUUAAUAACUUUUUUCUUGGAGAGUGAGCUACAUAACCACGUCACGUACCUUGUAGACAGCCUGUGGGAUUGGGCAGGCAGUUUGCUGAAGGACUGGGAGUGCAUGACCACUCUUUUAUUGGAAACUGCUGAAGAAGAAGCAUUGAGUGAUGCCCAGGAAAGUGCCCUCAUUGAAAUAAUCUUAGUGACCAUUCGAGAAGCUGCUGAAGGUCACCCUCCUGUGGGCAGAGGAGCAGCCAAGAAGAUCCUGUCAGCGAAAGAGAAGAAAAUACAAUUGGAAGAUUGUACCAAAAUUACUGAGCACUUUAUUGUGGUGCUUCCUCAGCUCUUGGCAAAGUAUUCAGCAGAUGCUGAAAAAGUGGCGAACCUCCUGCAAAUUCCCCAGUAUUAUGAUUUAGAUGUUUACAGUACUGGACGUCUGGAGAAGCACGUGGAUGCUUUGCUGAGCGUGGUGAAAGGCAUUGUAGCCAAACACUCUGACAUGGAUGUUCUCGAGGCUUGCUCCAGGAUGUAUUAUGUCCUCUGCAAUGAAGAACUGGCCAUCCACAGGACGGUGGAUCUUGCCAGAACUCAGCUGAUAGACGAAUUGGUGGACAAACUUAAUGAGCUGCUGGAUGACUCUUGGCAUGAGGGAGAAGGUCUUUGCACAGAUGAAGAAGGAGUUUGCCGAAUAUAUUCCACUUUGAGAAGAAUAGCAGCUUUUCAUAAUGCUCACAAUCUCACCAAAUGGAAUCUCUAUGGGAAGACUUCAAAGCUGCUGGUUUUUGAGAUGGAGUAUGGGAGUUUACCUGUUCAGAUUAUCCUACCAGCUCUACAGUGCACAUACUUUGCUCUCUUAUGGCAGCUAGCUUCGGUUGUGGAGAGGUCAUCUUCCAAGGAGACUCCUUUGGCAUUGAAUAGAGAGUUGAGAUUUUUCUGCCAGAUUUGUGCAUGCUUCCUCAGCCAUAGAGAGAAAGAUUUAAGUGAAAAGGCCUUCAUGAUACUUUGUGAUUUACUGAUGAUUGUGAGUCACCAAUCUUCACGUGAUGAUGAAGCUGUAGGAGUCCUUCCCAGUGCAUCCCUUCAGUCAAAAAUGCUCUUUUUUAUCCAGGAUCAUGUUUUCACGGAGGAGAAAGAAGAAAUCAAAGACUUGACGGAAGAGGAGGAGAGGGAAAAGGAGAGCUACAAACUGAAUGAUUUGCACAGGAGGCGGAGUCUUCUUGCAGUCUAUUGCAAGCUAAUUGUGUUUACCGUGGUGGAGAUGUCUGCGGCUGCUGAGAUCUAUAAGCACUAUAUGAAGACCUACAAUGAUUUUGGAGAUAUAAUUAAAGAAACCCUGAGCAGGACGAGGCAUAACAACAAAAUCCAGAGUGCCAGGACGUUGAUUCUCUGCCUGCAGCAGCUGUUUCAGGAACACACAGAAACCCAUGGUAGUACCAGCAGCAUGGAUUCUUCUUUCACGAACAUUAAAGAACUUGCUCGUCGCUUUUCACUGACAUUUGGCUGGGAUCAGGUUAAAUCCAGAGAAUCAGUAGCCAUGAUACACAAAGAAGGGAUUGAAUUUGCCUUUCAAGGAGCUGCUGGAGUGGAAGGGAAAUGCCUGCCUCCAAAUUUAAACUUUCUGUUAAUCAUCAGUGAAUUCUCCAAUAAGCUACUAAAGCCUGACAAAAGAUUAGUGUACAGUUACCUGCAGAGGUAUAUAACAGAGCCAGCAUCUUGCAGAGGAGAUGAAUGGCACCCCUUGGUUUGGUACAGGAACUCUUUGCUGGCAAAUGAAGAUGAGGAGAAUUCUGUUAUCAGCAGUUUAAGAGAAUGGUCACCCACAAGCAGAUCUAAGACAUCUUCUUUUAAAAGAAAACUGUCGAAUGGGUCCCUGCCUGUAACCAGCCACACUGAGACAACAAACAAGACUCCAGACUUCCUGUGCACUCCGGAACUCACUGCUGCAGCAGGCGAAAGCAGAAAGAAGUUAAAGUCUCAGGAUACAAGUCUCCAAGAAUGUCUGCCAUUCUUUUGUCCAGUGGGACUGAGCAGAAGACAUAGCGAAGAUGUGAUCAAGGCAGAAGACUUCUCAGCAGAUGGUGGAGCAGAAGACAUAGGCGAAGAAGUGGAUGUUGUUGGCGCAGACCAGGUACGUGAUGGGGUGUAUCAACCAUGCACAUGGCCAAAAGAUGCUGACCAAUCACUGGAGACCAUACACCCUCACCCCUGUUACACAGGCUCCAGGUGGAGGGGACAGAUAAAAGGAGGAAGGGCAGGUCAGUUGGGGCUGACGGAAGAGAAGGAAGAACGUGUGCUGCUGGCUACUGCAGCGGAACUGUUGACUCACCAGGCUGUCGGGACUGUGGACUCAGACUAUGCUGCUGACUAGCUGGCCAUGGAGCCUGACUAGGAUGCUGAGCCUCUGCCAGUUGAGGAUAUGCUCGAGAUGGACUUUAUGGUAGAAAGUGACCCCAGGAAUGUGUUAGGAGCCGUGGUUUGAACCCUUAAUAUGGAGUUUACCGGCUUCACAGGGCCCCAGGUUGGAACCCCGUGGAGUAGGAUGGGCCUGGGUUUCCCUAGCCCUGCACUGACCAGUAGGAGUGGCUACCAGGGACUCCUGAUUUAGACUGAUUGUUCACUCUGUCCUGCCCAGAGGGUCAGAGCCUCUUACUGUCCUUAACAGUUGAGUCCUGUUAAGAGGGCCAAGAAGGGGAGCACUCGAUGAUAAAAUUCCAUGGCCAGUAUGGAUACCAAAAUGGGUGCUGGAAAACCAGCAGCAGCAGGCAACCCAACAACAGGCCCAGCUACUGCAGCAGAUGGCCCAGCACCAAGAACAGCAGUUCAAGGAGUUAGCAGCACAGCACCAAAUCUAACAGAAGCGCCUGGUUCAGCAGAUGGUGGUGCUCUUACAACUAUCUGGCUGCCCAGUGCCACCGCGUCGGGUUGAGGGACAGAGAACACUUGUCAGGGUUACCGUGAGACUUGCCAAAUUGGGCUCAAGGAUGACCCAGAGGCCUUCUUAGUCAUGUUUGAGUGAGUCACCACCAUGGUUUGCUGGCCUCCUGAGCACUGGGCUACCCUAGUGGCCCCAUACUUGACCGGGACCGCACAGACCGCCUACCAGAACCCUAAACCCUACUGAUGCACUCGAUUAAGCCAAAGUGAAGGCAGUCAUCUUGGACCACACCAGAGUUAACCCCAAGACAGUCCAUCAGCAAUUUCGAAGGGAGAGAUACCUUCCCCAGAGCUUGACCUCAGGCAGUGGCUCAGCAAUUCGGGGACUACUGCUGGCUAUGGUUGGACCUGGAGAAGCUGAUGGGAACAUGAAUGUCAGAGGCUGUCAUCUUGAAACAGUUUACGCAAAUCCUUCCCCCUGUGGGGAAGGAGUUUAUACAUCGACCCCAUCUGACAACUCUUGUGGAAGCAGUCUCUCUGAUGGAAGAUUACUUAGCCGCAGAGGAUCCUGGACUACAGGCACCUAAAUCUGGGAGUUGUAGGAGGGACCCGUACAAGAGACAGUACAAAUCCAAAAAAGGAUUAGAUCUGGGCUGUGUAUAGUAGCCCCAAACCCUGGAGCUGCCCGGAACCCCAGCAUGAGACCCUGGGUGGGGGAAACCACGCCUGGCAGGCCUGGACCAUCAUGACACAACCCUGCAAUGAAGACAACGAGGGACAGAUGUUCUGAGUGUGGCCAGGAGGGUCACUUCAGAUGCGAUUGCUCCUUUAUGGAUUGUAAUGAUGGCCAAAGCCUAGGCCCAUGGACCCAGAAGAGAGCCUGCCCGAACUUCUGAUCAUUGUG